UCAAUUGGGACUGGUCAUACCUCGUAUUAUAUUCUGCAUCGAGAACCUCGGUAACACGAUCACAUAAUAUUUCUAUUAUUAUUAAAAUAUAUAUUACUACACUUUCUUUAUCAUUUUUUCUCCUUGCAUAAUUCCAAGCAACUUUAAAUCAAAAUUUAUUGAAAAUAGGCGAUCAAUUUAAAUGUUAAUUCAAGCAUUCAAUAACAAUCUAAUUCGAUUUGAACCCAAAUUCAACCAUUUAAUGUUUCGUGUACUUCACUCAAUAAAUGGAUCUCACGAUUUUUAGAAAUAAUCAAGUUCGAUUCGAAUGCAAAUUCAAGCGUUUCAUAUCACGCGAAUCUGAUUCAAUUGAUCGUACGAUUUUUAAUAACAAUCGAGAUCUAUUUGAAUGUAAAUUCAAGCGUUUAGUAUCUCAUGAAUUCGACUUAAUCGAUCGUACAAUUUUCAAUGACGAUCGAAUCGAUAUCGCGAAGCAGGACAAGAGAACUUGACGAGGUUGCGACAGCUGCCCCAGCUACGUAGCGAUGAAGACGGGCCAAGCUGAUACUGGGAGAUGUGGGAUCAGCUGCCGGAGCUGAUACUGACGCAGAUAUUCAGUCACCUCGGUCAUGGAGACCGUGCCAAUGUUGCACAAGUCUGUCGGCCAUGGAACCGUGCACUUUCAUCGCCAGUUCUUUGGCGUUCCAUCACAGUCUUCAUCGACCGUGAUCUGCGUGGUGACUUCCCUUUGGCGGGAGAAUUAGCCGCACAAUAUGGACAGCAUAUGCGAAGUUUAGAACUCGCCUGGUCACGACCGUAUCUCUUGCCAAGAGAAGCCCGCAUAACUCGUAAUAUUCAAGCUGAGGCAGGCGCUGAUUUUCUUACGAUUGUACGAGCCAAGAACGUCCAAUUGAAGAAACUGAUACUCACCGAUUGGAUCUUCAUUUGUAAAUGGGGAAAUAGAAGCAAACUGUUGUAUGCUCUUGCAAACUUUUUAGGCUGUCAGCACAAUCUGGAAACGCUAAGCCUGCUGAAUGCGACUCUGGGAGUGAGCGACGUGUUGCGACUUCUCGCAAGUGCUUCCAAAGGGUCGACCGAGCACCUGGCGUAUUUAGAUCUUCGGGGUGCGUUUCGGGAGUGGCAGGCGCCCCAUAGCAAUCCAAGAUAUCUGCGUCUGUUGGGCCGAUUUCGCGCGUUGACGAUACUCAGGCUCGAUUAUCCAGCUCUAUCCGACCAAACUCUAAACGCAUUGACCAAUGCAGCACCGAGAGUCUUGAAGACAUUGCAUAUAUCAGUGAGAGAUUCGGAUUCCAGACAUCACACGAUCACUGACACAGCUUGGCACAAUUUAGUGCUUGUAUGCCCUGAGCUCACAGUGUCUUAUACUAUAGUUAACAUAUCCCAUUACGAAGAUAUGUGCUACUUCCUGCUGCCCAGUGUGCCAUUGGCUAGGUUUCAAAUGUUCAGCGGUCACGUGUGGGAUCAGAGUAGAUCUCGCAAUUUCAGAAGCACCGUCGGACUGCUUAUUACCCAUUAUACCAACACGCUCGCUGAAGUAAUGUUACAACUCAGAAACAAUCGUGAGAUGCUCGACGAUUUGCUAGUCUCCAUGCUGAUGCGUUGUAAACAUCUAACGAGAUUACAGUACGACGGUAUAAUAAGAAGUCUUGAUACCCUGCGGGACAUCUGUCAGCUUCAAGCUGAAAGCAAGACACUUUUUCGUACGAUCCACGUGAAGCCACGUAAUGUUAAUGCCCGAAAUCGUGCCAUAUUGAACGACAUAAACUACCAUUACGAUCACAAGAUGAUGGAACAAGGAGUAGAUUUUCGUAUCGAAGAUCCAGCCUCGGUUUUGGUGUUCUAUUAAAAUGUUAAUUUCCCACCUGUCCACCGGUAUCUGUCCCACUCAUGUCUCUGAUUAUUACAGCCAAAAAAUAAAACAAUGCCCUCUAUCUCUCUGCGAUUCAUUCUUUUUGUCCUUUUUGAUUCUAUUUUGAUCUUUGGCAUUUAUUUCGAUAGACAUUUGUCGUUUGUUAAAUAUUUUUACAGUACACAGAAUUUCCUUUUCAUUAUUAAAUUUACCUCUUAUUAUUAUG